AUACUGGUCUUGUCAUUAUAAAAUCUUUUUCGCUUACAUCAUAUUUUUAAAGACGGCUCGACGCACGGCAGACGCUCGGAAUCGCGAUAGCCUGUUCCGCGCACGUGUCGCACGUUAAAUUACAGUGCCCGCCCUACAUGCAGCUUUGCUCGCUCUAUCCAUAACGCUAUGAAAAUCUGGACGUCCGAACAUAUCUUCGAUCAUCCAUGGGAAACGGUAGCGCAAGCUGCAUGGAGGAAAUACCCGAAUCCUAUGGUACCCUCGGUAAUCGGGGCGGACGUCAUCGACAGAAAAGUAGUCGACGGUGUUCUUCAUACCCACAGGCUCGUUGUAUCUACUCAAUGGGGAUUUCCUAAAUGGACGCAAGCGUUAAUUGGCUACGCGAACUUGUGUUACGCCAGCGAGCGCAGCGAGGUCGAUCCUGUGAAUAGAGAAAUGAUCCUCAGGACGCAUAAUUUAACUUUCGGCAAUUAUAUCGCCGUAGAUGAAGCAGUCAGAUAUACACCCCAUCCGACUGAUCCCAACAAGACGUUACUCACGCAAGAAGCGGUAGUCACCGUCCGAGGAGUACCACUAACCAACUACAUGGAGGACCUUUUAGCUUCGAAAAUUUCUUUCAAUGCGAGCAAAGGUCGACAAGGGUUGGAAUGGGUGAUCAACAAACUCGAAUCCGAGAUGAAGGAGUUCGCCUGAAAGGCCCGGCCGCCGUCGCGAAACUUCUAAACUGCCGCUAUCAGCACAACAUGAGCGCCGGCGUCGGUGGGGAGCGGCAACUUCUAGAUCGAACGAUUACGCGGAUCAGAAGAACAUUAACGUCCCGGGUUUCGUCAGAAACGAGCAGAUGAUUCGCCGCGGGGCGAAUACAUAGAUAGCCUAAUUGAAUUUUGCGGAACUUGUUACUAACCGGUUUGCAGGAACGAACGUUUCCUUUGAAGGGAAGGGCAAUUGCCUUCGUACCCUUGAGUCCCCAGACCUGCAAGGAUUCUGUCGAACGAACGGGCGAAAUAAUAUGACUGAUAUAGAGAAAUAUGAAAAUGUAUAGGUUUGACUUUUAAACGAGAAGGUAUAACGAUUGAUUCGGUAAUUGAACAGUAACAAUUCCGACAUCUCAAUCUGUGCUCUCAUAUCUCUGUCAGUAAGCUGCAUCGACUGAUGAUGAGAGCCAGUUAUAUCAUGAAUCUAUUACAUUUAGCCAAUUCAAACACGUGGAUGUUCUCGAUCGAACAAGAGAAUAAGAAAAAAAUAUGUGUCAAUAUAUAUAUAUAUAUAUAUAUAUAUAUAUAUAUAUAUAUAUGUAUGUAAUUUAUAUUUAUAUAAUUUAGUCAUAGCAAAAAUUUUUAAUAAGUAUUAGACACAAUUUUGCUGAUAUACAUUCACAAAUGGUUUUUGUUUACUACCCUUCCAUAUUUUUGUGAAAUCUUUUAUUAUUAUAUAUUAUUUAUUACGUAUCGAUUAUCGCAUAAAUUAUUUGACUUAGUAAUUCAAUUGCACGCGAAGAGUACGUUUUAUGAAUCUAUCGCCGACACACAAAUAGUCUCAUAGACUGACCGAAAACGAACAAUGCAGACACAGACCUUUGCGAAACUAUGUUCUCCGAACUAUGUUCGCUCUCUCCGGACUCUCAUUCCUUCUCAACGAGAAGGUAAAGCUCUUUGAUGGCGGCGAGGAGGCAACUUACAACGCGUUCCAAAAUCACUGAGCGUGGUCUCUUUGACGCAUCUAUCGUACGUUGGCAUAUCCGAAAUUGUCGCGACCGAAUAAUUUCGCGGUUUUUCUUUUGUGUCGAUUCCUUUCCGUCUUAAUUUUUAUCUUACAUUUUUUUUUAUAAUGGAUAUUUUUUUCUUUUGCUCAAUGAUUUGUCGAUCUAAAUUUAUCGAUCGUUUUUAAAUUCCAACUGAAACAUGAAAGAGUCCUCUGUUGACUAUAAAAAAAGCCUCGAACAAAAAUGUAUCUUUUUUGUAUCAAAAAGUCGACAGAGAGAGGAGAGGGUGAAUUCACGUCCACUUUACACGGACGGAUGCUUUAAUUUAGGAAAGUCGACAUGCACGUCGAGCGCGGACGUUGAUUCAUUCACGAGUUCGAUGGUCCGAUACAAAAACUGAGCAGACAUCGAGCAGCGCUGCGUGGGGCGCGUACAAAGUACUGCUUGCCGCUUUGUGAUUGGAAGCUGUCAAUAUUUGUCUGUGUCGGGUAACAGAGAGGUCAGCAAUGAGUCGCUAACGUCAUCAAUUAUCUCUUACAUUCCGCCCAGCAAACGAGCCGCGCGUUAAACUUGUCCUGUCCGUCCCCUAUCGUUACCCUCGCUUCUGAUUACGAUCACUCACGGUUCAUCUCACGGCGAUUGACUGAAGUACGCGGAAUCGUCUCUCGACGAUCGAAAGCAAUAAUGACUUUGGUCGAAAUUCCGCUUGAUCGGAAAUUACUGGGGUACACACUAUCGUGUUCGAUCCUUUAAAUUGAUCUCCCGCGCAUACGCGUUGUGUACUCUAUAUGUGAAAGUACUCUAUGGUCCGCGUGAGUGCCCUCGAACAGUAGUUUGGGCAAGCGAACAACUACCCUAGAGAGAAAAUGGGAUAUUUUAUGGUGAAUAUUGCUGCGAGGAUUGAUGGACUAUUUUGUUUAAUAUCAAGAUUUUUUUUACGUGGGGACUACUAGAAAGAGGCUACUAGAAAGGCAUUAAUAAAUUUAGUUUAUACAUACAAUGACUACUACAUCUGAAUAAUUUGAUUCUACAUUUUCAAUUAUAUCGUGUUAUAAUUUAAUAUUAUAUUAUUAAAAUUGUUUAAUAUUAUUUAAGGUAAAGAAAUUUCUAAAAUUUUGCACAAUAAUAUCGAAAAAAGAAAAUGCAUUCUCUCCGUUUCGCAAAUCUGAUUCGAUUUCGAAUUUUCAAAUUUCCGAUUUCUGCAGCAUCGAUGAUUCCGAACAGCCAAUAACUGUGAAAGUAUACAUAAUACCCCGAGGAGAUAUACAUACAUGUACACAUUUACUUUGGUAUCGCGAUAUAGCUCGCACGCGUCUGGCCUUAUCCAUAUUUAGAUUACAAUGCUUUACAUUAGAGAUGAUACGGGCAAAAUGGCAAUACUCGGGGGAAGCAAAAGUCGCUCUCGUGCGCGGUUUUCGGAAAAUCGAAAGGCGUCUCGCUGCUCGCCUUGAAAACUCGUGAUUCUGCAAUGAAAUUGCAGCGGCGCGCAGAGGAUCUGGGGACGUCGUCGCUCUCGGCGUAUGUAUCCGUGCUCGUAAAAAGGAUUCGCUUCUCAGUCGAAUCCCGUCUCCGUCUCUUCGGUUCCGUUUCUUACGAGAGAGGGUGAGAUUCGAAGAAUCGUCGAAGGGGGGGCUCAUGGUUUACACAUCGUGACGGCACUCUCGUCAAAACCCGUAAAAGCUCUCGGGGACGAUCGACUUUGAGAGCUAGCAAACGGUCAAGGAGAUUCUCCUCGCCGUUGCCGAUUCACGACCUCGUGAAAAGCUAUCCCCGCCGCGGUCUCAGCGCUCGUCUUAUUUUCCUCGCCUCGCUCCGCUGCGCUCCUUGGCGCCGAUGGUCUCGAGGGGCCGCAAAGCGGCGUCGAUUUUCUUUCAAAUAAUAAAUUCGACUGGCCUGCGAAUCCAUCCACCGACCGGUCAAGUACGUUUCGAGAAGUUCUAACGGCUGCUUUAUUUCUAUCGGACGUUUUUAAAAGUUUUGAGAACACAGUUUCGCGAGCUUCGACCGUUUCCGCCUGUGGAAUCAGGGUCGACGAGAAGAAUAAGUUUCCCGACCGUUCAACACAAAUAAAAUAUACGUUAUGAUAUUUAAUUCGGAAAGUUUUUAAAACAAAAAAAAAAAAGAGCAGGCUAUGUUUUAUUAGUGAGAUAUCUCGGAAUGGCAUUUGCUAUUAAAAUUUUGUUAUUUUUAUACGCGAUCGCGUGGUAUUUUUAAAUUAAUUCAAGGAAGGUCGUAAUCGCGAUUUUAAUACAGAAUUCUUCUCUUCUGCGGAUUAUCUUCCGGUAUUGCCUGUCAAGUUCUUAUUUUACUUGCAUUGUAAUGGAUAAAGGGAAUUGGCCGCAAACUAGCACCCGAUGUUCGUAUCGUAAACUCGGUGUAUUUCUGAAACCCAACUUCGUCAAUACAUCCCGUUUUAUCUUUUCUGUGAAAUAACUUUUAAUGAGAUCGCGUACACUGUUUAAAGAUUUAAAGUUUUGCGAGCUUCAAAGAGAUCUUGCCAUGCUUCUCUAAAGUAUUACAGACGGGACGGAGCAUUAUUAUGACGUACAGAACGUCUGCGAUAUUACAUCGUAAAAAUUGCCUCUGUAUAUUAGUUCCUCGCUGCCUGUAUCCUAUCAAAAAUUCAAAGAAAAAUGCACAUUAAACGGAAGAAGAGAGGAAACCUUCGAAUAUGUAAUAAGAUUAUUCGAGUCUUUUUAAUAUCAAAAAAAAAUCUUUUAAUUAGACAUAAUUUCGAUAUUUAUAUCUAUGCAAUAAAAGUUUAAAUAUCUGGCAAAAAAGAAAAUAAUAUUUUAGUAUGCACAGAAUCAAAUAAACAUUCGAUUUCAAAAAAAAAAAAAAAAAAUAUUCUUUAGAACACGAUAUAAUCAUUAAAAAUUGUAUCCCCGAUUUUACGUUCCGGGCGUUUGAGUCUCCUCACCGUAAAACCACGAAAAUAAUGACGGUGCGAUUGUGAAUAAUUAACAUAAUAAACAUCGGCGAACGGCGGCCACGAGAAAAGCGAGCGCGCAUACAUAAGAAAGAUUUUUUUAGUUAAGUAAUAUAUGUGUAAUUUCUGGGCACUAGUGAGUAGUUUUGCGGCAAAGGUGAUUACAUGAAAUUGACCAAUGUUAUAUUGCGGUUACGCGAGUACAUAAGUAUUCCAUAAAGAUAGAUAGAUAAUAAUGCGAGUCAGUUUGGUCGACGCGGCGCAUACGCUCCCCCUAUUAGCAUACAAUUAUCUUUAUACUUCUUUUAUGAGUCAUACUUAGUGCCAGUCAUCACCUUUCGCGUCGAAAUCGACUUGCAGUUAGCGACUUUUACGAUCAUAUUUGUUUCGAAAUUUUAACGUACUUUGUGCUCGCCUGUUAUCGGGCCUAUCAUAAUCAAAACUCAUGUGUUUUUGUUAAACGUGCCCCGGAAAAGAAUUUCGAGAACAUGCGCUACACGAAAAUUGAUCAUCAUACGUGCGAACAAUCGACUGAUGUGACAUGCGUGUCGAUUAUGUUUGCUAUGAUGCGCGAAAGUCAAUGUGAUUAACGAGAUUAAAUAAAUGAUAACGAUGAGAUCAUUUAUCACAUGUUGUAUCGGCAACUUUUUAUAAUAUAAUAUGUAAAAUAUUAUAUAUAUAAUGUAAAAAAUAUGAAAACAAUUUUUUAAAAAUAACAAACAAAAGUA